AUGGAUAAUGAUGUCUUUGGUUUGCUGGUAGAUGAAUCUGCCGAUGUAUCAAACAAAGGGCAAAUGGCAGUGGUGUUUCACUUUUUUGAUAAGUAUGGGAUAGUCAAAGAAAGAUUUAUUGGCAUUAUACACGUCAAGGAGACAUCUUCUUUAUCUCUUAAGUAUGCUAUUGAUUAUUUAUUUGCAAAAUAUGGAUUGAGUUUGAAAAAGUUGAGAGGACAAGGGUAUGAUGGAGCUAGUAAUAUAAAGGGAGAAUUCAAUGGACUAAGAUCUUUGAUUUUGAAAGAAAGUAGCUCUGCAUAUUAUGUUCAUUGCUUUGCUCAUCAACUUCAAUUAGUUGUCAUAGCAGUAGCAAAAAAACAUUUUGAAGUUGGAGAAUUUUUUGAAAUGAUUUCUGUUUUGUUGAAUGAUGUUGGAGCUUCAUGUAAGAGAAAAGAUAUGAUCCGGGAAAACUAUAGGAAAAUAGUGGAAGAAGGGAUUAGCAAUGGUGAGAUUAAGACUGGAACUGGGUUGAAUCAAGAAGUUUCUCUUCAAAGACCUGGAACUACUCGUUGGGGUUCACAUUAUAAGACUCUAUUGCGACUUGUUGAGCUGUUUUCUUAUGUAGUUAAAGUUCUUGAGUAUAUCCAAGAUGAAGGCAUAGACUCCAGCAAAAGACAACAAGCAUAUGGUAUUCUCAAGUAUUUUCACACCUUUGAUUUUGUUUUCUAUCUACAGUUGAUGUUGCUUGUUAUGGGUUUUAUUGAUAACUUAUCAAAGGCUUUACAAAGGAAAGACCAAGAUAUCUUGAAUGCUAUUUCAUUGGUGGAAUCUACUAAUAAUCUGUUGCAAAAGCUUAGAGAUGAUGGAUGGGAUGCUUUACUGGCUAAAGUUAGUUCGUUUUGUGAGCAAAACUACAUUGGAAUGCUCAUAAUGAAGGAAGAAUUUGUUGAUUCAUGA